AUGGCAUACCAACAAACGGGCGGCAUGCUCAACAACGCCGCGAAUGCCGCCCAAGCGAACGACCACCAUGGACCCCAGGGUGCCGAGUACACAUUGCAGGCAUCCCACGACGUCCACAACUCGUUCCUCGACACAACCCCUGACAAGCAACAAUACAGAGACAAAUCCAAAAAGUUCCUGGACCGAUGCCUCCACGAAGUUCAAUAUCUGCUGACUCCUCCACCACACCCUCCGCCGCCUCAGUUGUCCUUGCAGAAUCCCUCGGCUUCGUACACUGGUCUACCUGAUCCGCCAGUCUCUCUCGAUGAGCUCUACCUGCGUCGCGCUGGAAGACCGUACCCUCCUUCUAAUCAUGUACAGCUGCAGCCCUCAGUCAACCUUUCCGCCGAGGAGCAGAAGCGUCACCUCGCUCUGUCUAUGCCUCCUGCACAACCUCCUACCCAUACUCUACCUCAGCCUCCACAGUCUCCAUCUGUACCGCUGGACGAGCCUGUAGAGCAGGUCACACACUCGUACGACUCUUACGGUCGUCCAGUCGCCUCUACUCCAGAUGCAGCUCCUCGCUCCAUUGUUACCCAGGACUCGUCGGCUGAUGGCUGGAACUUCGAUGACCAACAACCUUUACCCGAACAACCUCCUGCUGAACUACCCCAACCUCCCCGAAGACCUGACACCGAUUUGUUCCCUAGUGCAGCAAACCCUCCUUCAAGAUCUCCUCCUCGUACCGGUUCAGGCCGUCGCAGAUCCUCCGGCUCGCAAGGCAUGGCCAGGAGAAGAAGCUCUGGUUCCCACGAUCUUCACGACAGUGGUUCAGAGCUUUCCGCAAAGACAGAUCCUUCUCAAUUCAAGGUCAAGUUUGCUCUCCGUGGCCAUCUCGAUGUUGUCCGCUCGGUGAUUUUUACUGGUGGCGGCAGCCCUUCUGAACCCGAGAUCUGCACGGCUGGCGACGAUAGCACUAUCAAACGAUGGAUCAUACCUGCCAGCUACAGCAAUUUCCAAAACUCUGCGAACAAUGAUCUUGAUAUUGCUUGUUACUUUACCCACCGUGGACAUGACGGCGUUGUUACUUCUCUCGCCGCAUGCCCUUCAACCAGCUUCUCUACCGGCGGUCGUGUAUCAGGAGACGGGUGGAUCUUUUCGGGUGGUCAAGACGCAACAGUACGUGUUUGGGAACGUGGUCGAGUUGAUCCGAAGGCCACUUUGGAAGGCCACACAGACGCUGUCUGGACUGUGUGUCUCCUGCCUGGUACCGUCGCAUCGGUUUUCGGUUCCCAAAGCUCGAACUAUGGUGGCCCUGACCGUAUUCUGCUCGCCACCGGUUCAGCAGAUGGCACUGUCAAAAUUUGGUCUGUCAGUGCGCCUCCACAGCUGGUUUCUCCACAAGCAGGAUCGCGACGUGGUGGUAGCCGUCGUCAUUCUGUCACAUCUGGUAGCAACCAUCCCAGUUCGCCUCAGCCCAACGUGGCUACAAGUACGCCCUUCCACUAUACGCUUGUUCACAGCAUUCAGCGCGAAUCUGCUUCAGGCGCUACGCCUACUUGCAUUUCUCCUCUCAGUCCUUCUGGCGAGAAUUUCGUCGUAUCAUAUACCGACUCAAGUGUUCUUAUCUUCGAUACACGGACCGGUGAGGAAAUUAUCGGAAUGGCCAGCAAUGAGACGUAUGACGGAACUCUUUCUACAAGCAUCAAUGCCGUAGUUGCCACCAGCAGUGCAUCACUUGGCCUGGAAUCGGGCUCCUCGUACAUGGACAGAGCGGAUCAAGAGGAGUCUGUAGGCGCUGGACCGACAGGCUCGGCGCAAGGUGUUGAGGGCGUGAUUGUCAGUGGCCACGAAGACCGCUACAUCAGGUUCUUCGACGCGAACAGUGNGACAAUGCACGUACACAAUGCUCGCACACCCCUCGGCCAUCUCAUCAUUAUCAUUGUCCAAGGACGGUAG